CCCUCUUUGCUCUAUCAUAAAGCCUCUAACUAUCCCGACAUCGAGAAUGACUUCUGGUCUUGAUGGGCAAACAACCCCGCCACCACACCGACCCUGUCCAGUAUUCGAAUAUGAGAUUGACGGCAGUGUUGAGGUAUUCAAUGUACCUCUUUCACAGCACAUUGCCCCCCAAUCGAGUUCCGGGUCUCAAUACAAUCUCGUUGCUAAUGGCGCCAUUGUCAUCGUGACCCCGAUGCGGGAGUCGCAGUCGCAAUCCAUGAAAGAUGACGCAUCAAUGGUCAAACCACGUGCCAAAGUCUUGCUCCUGCAAAGGUCCCAAUCUGACUCGAUGCCGACCAAGUGGGAGAUCCCCGGCGGUGGCUGCGAUGAUGACGACCCAUCCAUUCUCUACAGCGUGGCCCGAGAGCUAUGGGAGGAAGCCGGCUUGAAGGCAACUCGAAUCGGCCCCGUGGUCGGCGACGUCCACACCUUCAGCGUCCGUCGGGGCCUGGUUGGAAAAUUCUGCUUCCUUGUCAACGUCGAGUCCACCGAAACUGAUGAGGGUUACCCGCGUGUCACCCUCGAUCCCAACGAGCACAUGGCCUAUCUCUGGGCAACAGAGGACGAGGUCAUAGAUGGCCGUGUCACCGUCGACCAACACACUCACGUCCAGAUCCCCUUGACCAACCCCGCCUUCUGCCAUGUCCUCGUCGACGCUUUCCGCCUCAAAAGAGAUUAUGACGCCAAUAAAGCCCGAGCAUGAAGCAGAUUUCCCUCCUAGACGUUGCAUCAACCGUUGGACUUUGAUGGGCUGGAAGGAGCAAUUACCGCUUGUUCACAUAGUGCUAUGUACUCGUUUCUAUCAUAUUAGGCAAUCCGCU